AUGUUGCUGCGUAGAGCCGCGCUUGCCGGGAGGAGCAAACACCAGGCCUCUCUCGCGGUAUCUCAAGAGAGACACAUGGUCUGCAGAGAGCCGUCUUCCGAAACUUGGUGUGGAGGAGAGAGUGGUUCCGGUUUUAGCUACAUGAAGUACUAUAUUCUCCCACAAGACUGCAUUCACCUCGGCGAUCACGGUAACGUAGACAGCGUCUUCUGGUCUUCUCGCGGAAUCGUUGCCUCGAGCCGUGACUUACUUGAGCGCCGAUAUGGAGGCCAGGACUAUUUGGCAUGCAACGAGCGCGUCUUUCCCGUUUUCACUGGACCUCGAUUUGCAACAAUGCCGGGGCCAUGGGUGAAGUACAAUGGAGAGGCGAGCUUGGUGCGCGACUCCAAGGACAAUAUUCGUUUACGAUCAAGUCAACAGCAGCAACAAUACAUUCACAUCUCGAGCCGAUCCCGAGACGGCCUCUCGGUCGAUGAAACCCUGCAUAUACUGACGUAUUUGGUGCAAAGUGACCAAGGGCUUGCAACCUGUUCAGGCUCGCAAGGAGCUUGGGUCGCCGGCUGGCUAGUGCAGGGCCGCCAUCUCCUUUAG